CCCUCCCAGCAGCCCCCGCGCGCGGCCCUUUAAGCCCUCCGGGGUCCGUGACGGUCUUUAGUCUUGGUGCUAUCGCAGCUGGCGUCACCUGGGCGUGGGGCGGGGCCACUGAGCGGCGCUAGCUGGGUGUCCGGGUCCUGGUCCCCUAGGCGUAGUGAAGGCUCCACAGGCAGCGGGGUAAGGGGGUGCAGGGAGGGACCGGGACCGCGCCCGGGGGCUGCGUGGGGACGACCGAGGCGAGCUGUGCCUGCUGGGCGUGGCAGGGUGGCACGGCGGCUGAGUGCGACCAGGAGACCACAACGUGAUGGCAUUUGUGCUGAACAAGGCUCCAAGGAAAGUUGGGAUGUGAAGAUUCUCUCCUACCCCGAUCCUGCUGAAGUCUUGAAGCCUCACAGGAACAGAAGCAGGAAACUACUGUUGCCUGUUAUAAGUGGACUCUGCUUCUUCGGAGAAAUACAUUUCAAGGAAGACUGUUGGAUUUCUAAACCAUGGCCCGUGUAUCAGUGAUGUUCAGUGAUGUAUCCAUAGCCUUCUCUCGGGAAGAGUGGGAGUACCUGGACCUGUCUCAGAGGGAUUUGUACAAAGACGUGAUGAUGGAGAACUACCACAAUGGGGCCUCACUAGGCUACUUCAUUUCUAAACCAGAUGUGAUUUCCUUGCUGGAGCAAGGGAAGGAGCCCUGGAAGGUUGUGAGGAGGAGAAGACGAAACCCAGAUUUGGAAACUAAGGAUGAGACCAAUCAGUUAUCCUCAGAAAAUGGCAUUUAUGAAAUGAAUUUAUCCCAAUGGAAGAUAAUGGAAAAAAUUGGGAACAGUAGUCUGAAGGGCCUUAUUUUAAAAAGUGAAUGGGAGUCCAAAAGAAAACAUGAAAGCCAAGAGGGAUCUCAGGAGGGAUAUAUCAGACAAAUGAAAAUCACAUCUGAAAAAAUGUCUUCUUACCAAAAGCGCACAUCUGCUACUCCACGUCAGAGAAUUCAUUUUGUGGAGAAACCUUAUGAAUGUAAUGAAUGUGGGAAGGCAUUUAGAGUCCGCCAACAGCUUACUUUUCAUCAUAGAAUUCAUACUGGUGAGAAACCCUAUGAAUGUAAGGAAUGUGGGAUGGCUUUUAGGCAGACUGCACACCUUACCAGACAUCAGAGACUUCAUUCUGGUGAAAAACUGUAUGAGUGUAAGGAGUGUGGGGAAGCAUUCAUAUAUGGCCCAGACCUUAGAGCACAUCAAAAAAUUCAUCCCAGUGAAAAGCCCUACGCAUGUAAAGAAUGUGGGAAAGCCUUCAGGGUUCGGGGACAACUUACUCUCCAUCAGAGGAUCCACACUGGUGAGAAGCCCUAUGUGUGUAAAGAAUGUGGGAAGGCCUUCAGGCAGUAUGCACACCUUACUCGACAUCAGAAACUUAACAUCGCUGACAGACUCUAUGAGUGUAAAGAGUGUGGGAAAGACUUUUUAUGUGGCUCUGGCCUUAGAGUACAUUACAAACUUCAUACUGGUGAGAAGCCUUACGAAUGUAAGGACUGUGGGAAGUCCUUUAGAGUUCGACAACAACUAACACUGCAUCAGAGAAUUCAUACUGGUGAGAAGCCCUAUGAAUGUAAUGAAUGUGGGAAAACCUUUAGUCGGGGCUAUCAUCUUAUUCUCCAUCACAGAAUACACACGGGUGAAAAGCCUUAUGAAUGCAAGGAGUGCUGGAAGGCGUUCAGUCGAUACUCACAGCUUAUUUCACAUCAGAGUAUUCAUAUUGGUGUUAAACCCUAUGACUGUAAAGAAUGUGGGAAAGCCUUCAGACUACUCUCACAGCUCACACAGCAUCAGAGUAUUCAUGCUGGCGAGAAGCCCUAUACAUGUAAGGAAUGUGGAAAGUCUUUUAGGUUGCGUCAGAAACUUACUCUACACCAGAGCAUUCAUACUGGUGAAAAGCCCUUUGAGUGUAAGGAAUGUAGGAAGGUCUUUCGACUUAAUUCGUCUCUUAUCCAACAUCUGAGAAUUCAUUCUGGUGAGAAACCCUAUGAGUGUAAAGAAUGUAAGAAGGCCUUUAGACAGCACUCACACCUCACCCAUCAUCUGAAGAUUCAUAGUGUCAAAGUAUAACAAAGUCUCAACAGUCUUAUAGAACAUUCUAUGAAUGUUACAUCUGAUCUCUUUUGCUCAUACAUGUAACUGAUCUGGCAUAAGAGGUUUUAUACCAUUAAAGGAAUGUGUUAAUUUAAUGUGUUUCAUUGUGUUCCAGUCUGUUCACACUGUAAUGCUUCAACAUACUUAUUCUACAGUCAGUCCUACAUAUAAACAAACGUGGGGGAAAAUAACACCUCAAUUCUAUCAUUCUAGUUAUAUUAAAACAAUCAGUUGCUCUGGGCUGUAGAUUUUUUUCAUUUGUGAAGUGAUGAUAUAGAACUGGCAAAAAUAGCUGCAAGGUCUUCAAAACUCCAUCAAGUUGUGCAGUCCUCAUCCUUUUCUUGGAAUAUGGGCAGAUGCCAGUUUGCUCAGGAGAACAUAGUGGAAUCAUGUUUGUACUGCUGUCGGGGCCCAGGCUCUACUCUACUCCUAGGGUUGCUCCAUUUCAGAAUAUUCUCUCAAGCUCAACUGUCAUAUUUGAAAAUCUGACUGAAGAGACCAUGUGAAGAGGCCCUGAGACCACACAGGCAGAGACCUUUGCUGAAGCCAGACUUCUGGAUAUGACCAUAUGAUACUAGACAUUGGGUAGGAAUGGUUUUGGAUCUUCCAGACCAGCCACCAACUGAAUGCCACUAAGUGACCUCAGUUGGCACCAUACAGAAGAAUCAACUGGCCACAUACUCAUAAAAUAAUACAAUGGUCAUUAUUUAAAGCCACUAAAUUUGUUACAGUGACUUACUAUUACUCUUCUGAGAAUUCUUAUGAAAGACUGCAAGUGUGAUGAACAUAGAAUGCCUUCCAACAUUUAUCCCUCAUUGAACUUUAGAGAUCUGAUUCUUGUUAACUGUUUGGUUUUGUUGUUUUAUGCAGUCCUACAAUGUGACCCAGACUAGACCCUUGAACUUCAAGUCCUCCUACCUCAGGUGUGCAUCAUCACUUCCAAUGUGUAUAUGUGCGUGUGUUUGUGUUUGUUUUGUGGUGGUGUGGUGCUGAGGACUGAACUCAGGGCCUCUCACUGAAUAUCUCCCUUGUCCACUCAUUAGACUAUUCAUAGUGUGAAAUUCUUUAGAAUUUGCUCGUAUUAAUAGUCUAUAUUCUGUAUUCCUGGUCAAUGUUUAAUAAAGACAACAUAAAAAGAAACUAAUAAUCAAUAAUAUCCCCAUUUUUUUAAAAAAAAUCACUGCAUUGUAGCAUUUUUUAAUGUACCAAGUUAUCCUAUUUUUAGCUAGUGAGAAUCCCCUAAUUCUGACUGACACCUGUGUCCUUUGGUUAUGACCACUGUCAUGACCAUUGAAGAGCAUUUUCCUCUGCCUUGUUUUUCUGCCUCUUAUCAAAUGAAUUGAUCAGCUAUGGAUCAUAGUAGGGCACUAUUGAUAAAUGAAGAAUGAAAUAUUUAUCCUCUCAUUUCAUAACAACCAAAUACCAAUGAAAAAUUCUUUAUUAGAAAAUUCUAGUUGACUGGGCAGUGGUGGCACACACCUUUAAUCCCAGCACUUGGGAGGCAGAGCCAGGCGGAUCUCUGUGAGUUUGAGGCCAGCCUGGGCUACCAAGUGAGUUCCAGGAAAGGCACAAAGCUACACAGAGAAACGCUGUCUCAAAAAACCAAAAAAAAAAAAAAAAAAAGAAAAAAAGAAAAAAAAUUCUAGUUGUCAGUGGUCAAAGAAGUGAUGGAUUUGAAGUUACAUUUAUUUUGUAUUGGCAAUAGGGAGUUAAUACAGAAGGUAUUACUUUCUGUCCUAGUUUCUUUUCCUCAUCCGCUCCCCAUCCUCCUUUUUUUCCGGGGUAGGGACAGCACACAAAAGGUAUCAUGUAUUCCAGACCUGCCUCAGACUUAACCGUGUAGCUGAGGAUGUCCUUGAACUCCUGAUCCGACCCUCUUGCUUCUACCUGCCAAGUGCUACGGUUACCGAUGUGCACCGUCACAGGGGUUUAUUUACCCAAAAUGUCUAAAAGUGUUUUGCAGAGUGCUAGUGCUUCAUGGCACAUAAAGAAGAUGCUGUCGUCAAACAAGCCAUGAGUACUGUGUUUGCUUGGAUCACAAUGAUUAUCAAAAGAACAAGAGAAAAGUUUUCAUUUUAUCUAGAUCAGUGUAUCUCAGGCUGCAUUACAGAAUUCCCUUUUCAUCACCUGUUACAGAUGUGGCUCCACUUUGUAGGCCAAGCUGCAACCAAAACUCAAGGACAGGGACCUCAGCAGAGUGGGAGGUGUUUGUUACUGUAUGACC